GAAAUAUAAUCAAAACCAGUAGCAAACAACAGCAGCUACCGAUUCGGUCGCGGUUCUGAUAUUGGACAACGACAAGGAUGUUUCGAAGGCAAAUUUGCAAGGUUUCUAUGCUGGUGAUUUUUCUCACCGCGUUCUGCUAUGGAGCGCCACAUUUUCGCAUAUCAAAAAAUACUCCGAAAAAUAGUAAUUGCACGCUUGCAAAACCUUCAGCCCGGAGAGCUCGCCGAAGAGCUGAGCGGCCAGUUCGAAGGGGACAUGAUCCUCACCGAGGAGCAAUACUUGGCCAUGUCUCGUCGAAAUGGAAUGUUGGACAAAUCAUAUCGAUGGCCGAUGAACACCGUGGUGUACGAAAUUCAAGAAUUUUGGUAUACCGCUGAACAGCUGGAGUACAUUCGGGAGGGCAUGCGAAGGAUUGAACAGGCGACCUGCAUCCGAUUCCGGGAACGUGAACCUCAAGAAACCGACUAUGUGCUAAUCAACGGGUGGGACUGGGGAUGUUCGGCUCACGUCGGACGUAUUGGAGGACCUCAGAUCCUGAACCUUCAACCGUAUCGGUUGGGCACUGGGUGCUUUCAGUUGGGAACUAUCGUGCACGAAAUGAUUCACGCCGUGGGCUUUCGGCAUAUGCAGAACACCUACAAUCGGGACGAUUACGUGGAAAUUGUUUGGGAAAAUAUUCAACCCGGAUCGGAGCACAAUUUCCGGCUGUAUGAAGCGGACACUGUGAGUAACUUUGGUACGGGAUACGACUACGGAAGCGUGAUGCAUUACGAUUCGACGGCGUUCAGCAUCAAUGGGGAGAAGACCAUCAUAGCCCUGCAUGAUACCGACGAUGUAAUGGGUCAACGCGACGAAAUGAGCAAAAUGGACAUUUUGAAAAUCAAUAGAAUGUAUAAUUGUAUCCCGGAAAUAUGAAUAGCACACGAUCUAGAAAGAGUAAUCUGCUAUGAUUGAACCAGCAUUUCCAAAAUCUCUGAAAUAAAUCUUCGCGGUGGAUCUGGA